AUGACUUCCCGUCGACACGUUCACUUCAACGCCAAAGCCAAAUCAUGGACAUCGCCUGCAUCAUCUUCCCCAGAGGCCAUUGAUCGAUUUCAUCAGAGCCUUCCCAACUAUGAACCAACACCUCUUAUCAAUCUCAUAGAUCUUGCCAAGGAUGUUGGGGUCGGUGCUGUCUAUGUAAAGGAUGAGACAAACCGCUUUGGCCUUCCGGCAUUCAAGAUUCUUGGUGCUUCUUGGGGCGCAUUCCGCUCAAUCGUUGAGAAGCUGAAGCUGCCUCUUGACUCAGAUAUUGACACAGUUCGGGAGGCAGCUAAGUCGCAAGAUUUGACCCUAUAUGCUGCGACAGAGGGAAACCAUGGACGUGCAGUGGCUCGCAUGGGUGCUAUCUUCGACAUCUCGGCCGAGAUACACGUUCCAGCAUCGAUGCAUCAAGCUACGGUAAAGUUGAUUGAAAGCGAAGGUGCCAAGGUCGUUAUAUCGAAAGGUCGGUACGAAGACGCCAUGAUUGAAGCUGAGUCUGCUUCCAAGCACGAUAAGGGGAUUAUGGUUCAAGAUCAUGCUUUUGGCGAUUAUCAGACUGUACCACAGUGGAUAGUUGAUGGCUACGGUACCAUGAUGCGAGAAGUCGAUCACCAGCUAGGCUCUGCCGAAGCCGACCUAGUUAUCGCUCCCGUAGGCGUCGGCUCCUUCGCCCAGUCUGUACUCUCUCAUUUCAAGAGAAGCGGUAUUACCACGUCCAUGUUGACGGUGGAGCCCGACACAGCAGCUUGUUUGUGGAAGAGUCUGGAAAAGGGCGAGUUCACCGAUAUCCCCACAACUGGCACCAUCAUGGCUGGUCUCAACUGCGGGACUCCCUCAACACUCGCCUGGAAUCUUCUAAAGGAUGGUGUCGAUGCAAGUCUGACGGUCUCGGACUAUGAAGCCCAUGAGUGUGUCUUGUAUCUCCAGUCACGGGGUAUCAAUGCUGGACCUUGUGGAGGAUCUACAUUAGCUGCACUGCGGCGGCUUACACCUGCUGACAAGCAAAGUCUCGGCCUCAACGAAAAGUCAACUGUGGUUAUCUUCUGCACAGAGCGUAACCGCGACUAUGAUAUUCCCAAAGAUGUUUCUGGCUCCGAUGCAGUGGCCCUGACACAAACUCUUGUCCAAAUCAACUCAGCAAGCCCUGAUCUGGGAUCUGUUCCUGGGCCGGGGGAGAUGGCCGUCGCUCGAUACAUCGCUGCAUGGUUGGAGCACCGAAAUAUCGAAACACAUUGGGUUGAGUAUACUAAAGACCGUCCCUCUAUCGUUGGUGUCGUCCGAGGUUCCGGUGGAGGAAAGAGUCUCAUGCUCAAUGGGCACAUCGAUACUGUGACUCUUUUGGGCUAUCUUGAGGAUCCACUCAGUGGCAAGAUUUCCGACGGGCGUCUGUAUGGUCGUGGAUCUGCUGAUAUGAAGGGAGGUGUUGCAGCUGCUAUGAUCGCUUUGGCUAACACCAAGGGCCUUGGGCUUCGGGGAGACGUGAUCUUCACGGGUGUUGCCGAUGAGGAGAGUUUGAGUAAAGGCACUGAAGACAUACUUCGGGCCGGGUGGAAAGCAGAUGCUGCGAUUGUCUCAGAACCUACGAACCUCGAGAUCAACCAUGCCCAUAAAGGGUAUUGUCACCUUGAGGUUAAAGUCCACGGACUCGCGGCUCAUGGAUCGCGAGCUGAUUUGGGUAUCGAUGCAAUCGUCAACGCAGGGCAUUUUCUUGUCGAGCUUGGUCAAUAUGCGAAGAAGUUGCAAGAAGGGCCGGGUAAUGAAACUCUUGGCACAGGAACAGCACACGCCUCCGUUAUCUCUGGCGGCGAGGAAGCUUCAUCUUAUCCUGGGCAAUGCACUAUCAUAGCAGAACGCCGUACAGUUCCAGGGGAGACUAACGCAAUCGUCCAGCGAGAGUUUGACGAUAUCAUCGCCAAAUUAGCAAAGGAGGUUCCAAACUUCAAAGCAGAGGCCAAAAUCAUCUUCAGUCGCCCUCCACAGUUCACGCCCCCUGACCACUCCUUCACCCAGCUUGUAUCCAGUAUCGUCACGAAGGCGAUCGGUCAGGAGGCAACUGUUUCUGGUGCGCCGUUCUGGACCGAUUGUGCUUUGCUUGCUGAGAAGGGGAUUGUGCCUCUUCUGUGGGGACCAAAAGGCGAAGGAUUGCAUGCGUCGGAAGAGUGGGUGGAUGUAAAAUCGAUCGAACAGGUGGCAAAGGGUUUGACCAACAUAGCAGCUGGGUUUUGCCGGUAG